GUUGGCCAGUGAAUUGUCAGUUCAGUCAAGCUCCAGCAUCCGUACACUGUGGAGCACUUCACUAUACGCGCUCUCCCCGUACAACCUGCGACGCGUUAACGUGUCCUCAACGGCGGUCUAUCAUCCUCUGGCCCCCAUAGGUGUGUCUGUGUGUGUGUGUGGUGUGUGUCUGUGUGUGACAGUGCGUGUGGCAAAUAUUCGGGCAAAAAGGUGGCCCCCAAGCGGUGUUGGGAACUUAAAGUUGUGGCGCCCCCCAGACAGCAGCAGCCAAAAGAAAGGUCGGUUACGGUUACGGUUACGGCUAACGGAUUGAAUAAACACACGGAAAACACACUCAGUGGAAAAGUGGAAAGUGCAGAAAAAAGAGAAAACUAAACGAAAAUCAUCAACCGUCAACCGGAAAUCAACUAAAUUGUCGUCACUCCAAUCAAGUGGAAAUUUGAUUAAAAGUAAAGGCAAGCGAGGGAAAGGCAAACCGAAAGAGAGAAAGCAGAAAGAACAAAUUUGAUAAAUUUGUAGAAGCAACCAAAAAAAGGCCCAGCCCAGCCCAGAGAGUGAGAGAAAAAGUGCGAAGUCUAUGGACAGUAAGCGGGCAGAAAAGGCAAAGGAAAUCAACACGCACGCACAUGAACGAGCUUCUUGAAAAACAUUAAAAAUCGAAAUCAGCGAAGCGUAAAACUUACACAAAAGCUAGAAAAAGGCGGCGCACAUUUCAAAGUAAAUGCAAAAGGAAUGAUAGAGAAACACAAUACGAAGCCAAACAAAAGGUGAAACAAAGUGAGAGAACAAUAAUUUUAGUGCUGAAGAAAUUAAAAAAAGGGAAAAGGAAAAAACUAAACCAAAGAAACACUAAACACCGCAAGGAGCACAGCUGACGGCCUGGACCAGAACAGGAUACUCUGCUUUAUUUUCUCCUUUGGACUAAAGCACGAAAUUAAGUGCAGAUUAUCAGAAGAUUAUAUUUUAAUAGCAUUUCAAGCUGUUGCCUUCCCAGCAGCAGCAGUCGCAGCCGGGACAAUCAUCCGUCGGGGAUAGCCGUAGACCCCGAAAGCAAGUGGAAAUCUGACCCUACAACCAUUUUGUGGCAGUGCUCUCGCCCCGUGGCUCUGUGUUUGUGUCUGUGUGCGACUACAAGUGCGGCUUAUUACAUGAUUACUGGCCCCCCCAGAAUUUUUCCGUAUAAAGAAAAUAUCUAAUGCAAACAUACAACAAGCUACAGGAAAGCGUGCAACAAAUUGAAAUUAAAAGGAGCCAUAAAGUGUCGCGUGUGGCGUGUGGCGUCUGGCGUGUAGCGCGUGUGUGUAUUUAAUAUAUAUCUCGUGUAUGAUAGUGUCCUUCCCGUGUACUUAAACCAAAUAUUGAGCAUAAGCCGCGUGGACAGCAGCAACAGAAGGAAAAAAAGCAACAGGCUUAACCCGUGAGGAGAACUACUGUGGAAAAAACGGAGAGGGAGGAGCAGAAACUGAAGCUGGAACUAGAGCGUGAGGCUAAACUAAACAGGAGAGCUCACUGGCAGCACGAAUUCAACUCAAACGGAGUCCCGCAGUCACUUUUGGCCUGAAGUCGGGAGUCUGCAGUCAGCGACAGAGCGUGGGAGUUAUUAUAGAACAAACAACCAGAAGGAGGAGGAGCAACGACUAAGCCAAGUCUAUUAACAGGGCAAACAAGCCUCGCUUCUCUCCCUUAACGAGAAAAGAAAAGCCCAUCCACCCACGAAUGGGUAAGCUGGCAAUGAGGCGACAUCGAUGCGAGGAGCAGCAGCAGCAGGAGCAGAUGAGGAGGCUGCCUGGAACCGAUUCGAAACAGUUAGCCGGCAAAUCGGAUUGCGAAUCUGCUGUAUUGACAUAAGGAAAUCGUUAGCCGGCUUAGCCAACAGCCUGCCAGCCAGCAGCCCCCAACCCGAGACACAAAGUGGAGCCGAAAUUUAAAAUUAAAAAUAUUGCAAAAAAAAAGCAGAAGAAGGGGAGCCAGACGGAGGUGAGCUGAGGCAGAUAAGCAGAGACGCUGGAAAUCAAAGACGGCACACAAAGUGAUAUGCUAAUGCAUUGGAUUUAGAGGGAGGCAGCACGACAGAGAGAGAGAGAGAGAGCGACAGAGACGGGUCGAGUGUUGAAGCAUGAAUAUUUCAUGAGGCCAAAGCCGAGCCAGAGACAGAGAGCCAAGAGCCAGCCCCAAGUGAUGACAAUAAGCUGUGACAUGGCGGCAAGUCGCUAGAGACAAGCUCAGAGACAGCUCAGAGCAGAGUGAGAAUUGCCCAGAGAGAAAGAGAAAGAGUGAGAGAGAGCAAGGGAGCAAGCGACAACACUUUCCGGGCUGCAAGAUGACAGAACUGAGACGAGCUAAUGGCCUGGACGCCUCCGUUCCGCGGCUCCACAAGCAGCACUCGCUGCGGCAGCAUCCGCUGCUGCACUCGCUGGCGGAUCAUGGCUGCAACCUGAGCAGCGGUGGCAACAGUGCGGCAAGCACCACCAGCAGCAGCACGGCCACAGCCACCACAGCACUCGGCGGGGGAGUUGGAGUUGGAGUUGGAGCUGUGCCUGGCACUGGUCUGGGCAGCACUCAGCGCAGUGUGGAGUUCGAUGAGCAUGAUAUUUUCUAUGUGUCGCCAUCGAAGCGAAAAGGGGCAGGAGUCCCAGUCGGAGUCCCUGCCAAUGGGUCUCUGGUGGCUCCGCCCAGCAAUAAUCACAAUGUGGUUACCUUUUCCAACUUUGUGAGCGAACAGCGGAUGACGCCUGCCUCCUCGCAUCGCGGAUCGUUGAAGCGCAGCAAGGGACGCAGCAAUCAGUCGCUGUGCAGCUGCGAUGCCGGCGACGAGGCACAGUUGCAGCUGCAGCCGGAUGCCGCCGCCAGGCCGCUCUUCGAGUACAGUCUGGAGCGGCGGCGGAAGACACACACAUACUCGUGCGAGCAGAACGCACAGAUACUCAUGAGACUGGAGCGCGAACGUAAUCGUAAAUUAUCGCUGACUUUACCCGGAUCCGCCAGCGAAAUGGGACUGGUAACUGGAGGAGGAUUGUUGGACCUGCAGUGCGACACGCCCAGCCUGUCGGAUGUGGACAUCAUACCGCCCGUGCCGCCGCCGCCUGCCAUGAAGCGGAAUGGCAGCAUGCGCAGCCUCAGAGUGCUGCAACAUCUGCAGCAGCAGCAGCAGCAGCAGCAACAGUUGGUCUCCUCUGGCAGUCACAACAAUAACUUGGCUCAGCUGUGCAGCAGCGAUCUGUUGCAGGAGUGCACCAAAUCGGCGCUGGAUGAGUGCACUGCCACGUUGCUCAAGUGCACCGCCACGGCCAAUGGGAGCAGCAAUCAGAGCAGCAGCAACAGCAACAGCAACAGCAUAAGCAGCAGCAGUCAUUGCAACAACAACAACAAUAAUGCCAAGCCAGAUAUCUGCCACACGCACAGCCAGCACCACAGUCAUGGCCACAAUCACAGUCAAAGUCUGAGCAAGCCGCAGAGCAAACAUGCAACAAACCCGCCAUUUGCUGCCCACGAGGAGGAUGAGAUAUUCACGCCCCACUCGAAGAAAUCGGAUCCGAGUCUGUGCUUUCUGGUGCCGCCAGUUGGCGCCGGCACGGGUGCAGCUGCAGCCGGAAACGGAAGUGGAAGUGGAAGUGCUGCCUCGAAAUACAACACCAUCGGACCGAGCAGCGAUUAUGCCCGACACCUGGCCCACUACAGUCGCUACCUGCAGAAGCAACACCAACAGCAGCAGCUCGCACACUUUCAGCAGCAGCGCUGCCGCUGCUUCUCCCAAUCGCUGCUCAAUUUCCCCCAACAGGGAGCCCAACAGCAGCAGCAGCAGCAGCAGCAGACUCUCCAGCAGCAGCAGACUCUCCAGCCUGCCAUCUUUCACACGAGCAGCAUGGACUGGACAUUGCCAAUUAAUAGUCGCAGCUUUGGCAAUUUGGUCAACAUCGAAGGCAGUGCCAUCGGUGGCUGCCGUGUGCCGUAUCAGAAAAUGCCACAGCAGCAGGGUGCCAGCGGUGGGGCAUUGGCCGACUCCACCUUCACCAUGACAUCGUUUGACAGCGACAUCGGCAUUGGGAUCGGGCAUGGGCAUGGGCUCAAAGAACGCGAAUCGCAGACAUCGCUGCACCAGCAGGGCGCUGCACAGUUGCACAGCCAUUCGCAUUCGCAUUCGCAUCCGCAUCAUUAUCAUGCACACCAUGCGGUCGUGGGUGGAUCGGGCUCCGGCUCCGUCACGCCACAGAAGCAUCACCAGCUGCACUCGAGCGUUACGAGCAUCAUGCCAUGGAAACAUCGACAGUGUCCCAGUCGCGGUUCCUCCAGCUCCGGCACGAAUUCAUUCCGAUUCGAUGCAGCCAAGCAUUGGCUGGCUGUGAGCUCCAUACUCUUGAUAAUUGGGGCUGCCAGUGUGGCCGUGCCGCUGGCUCUACGUGUGGCAGCAAGUGCACCGUUUGAGGAACGUCUACGCGUGGCCGUGCAGCUGCUGGAUCAAGUGCCUUUAAUCGAUGGCCAUAACGACUUACCCUGGAAUAUACGCAAGUUCCUGCACAACAAACUCAAUGACUUUAAUUUUGAUGAGGAUUUGCGCAAUGUAAUGCCCUGGGGUCGCAGCCACUGGAGUCACACGGAUCUCACGCGACUGAAGAAGGGACGCAUAUCAGCACAGUUCUGGGCCGCAUAUGUGCCCUGUGAGGCCCAACAUCGUGAUGCUGUGCAGCUCACGCUGGAGCAGAUUGAUGUGAUCAAGCGGCUCACGGAUCGCUACUCGCCGCAGUUAACCACAUGCACCUCGGCGCAGGACAUCAUUGAUGCGCACAAGAACCAACAGCUCUGCUCGCUGACUGGCGUCGAGGGUGGACACUCCCUGGGCGGCUCCCUGGCCGUGCUGCGCACCCUUUAUGCGAUCGGAGUACGGUACAUGACACUCACCUCCACUUGCCAUACGCCGUGGGCCGAUUCGAGUUAUGCGGACGCACCGACCUUCAAUAUGAAACAUGGCGGACUCACCCUCUUCGGGAAGACAAUCAUCCGCGAAAUGAAUCGACUGGGCAUGAUGGUCGACCUGUCGCACGUCUCCAAGGGCACGAUGCGCGACGCCCUCGAGGUGAGUGAGGCUCCUGUGAUAUUCUCACACUCCUCCGCCUACGAGCUGUGCAACACGAGCCGCAACGUGCAGGACGACAUCCUGCAGUCGCUCGCCAAGAACGGUGGCCUCGUGAUGGUCAAUUUCUAUUCGAAAUUUCUAUCCUGCAGCGACAACUCGACCGUGCACGAUGCAGUCGCGCAUAUUAAUCACAUUAAGCGCAUCGCCGGCAUCGAUCACGUUGGCCUCGGCGCCGGCUACGACGGCAUUAAUUACACACCCAAAGGCCUGGAGGAUGUCUCCUCGUAUCCGACACUCUUUGCGGAGCUCCUGGGCGGCGGCUGGACGAUGGACGAGUUGACAAAGUUGGCGGGCGGCAACUUUCUGCGUGUCAUGCAGCAGGUGGAGAAGCUGAGGGAUGACAAAAAGACUGCCGGAGUCAAGCCGUACGAGGAUCACCCGAACUUCCGCACCGAUGAUCCGUACAACUGCACCUCCAGCUAAUCGAACACCGGCCCCAGGCAAUCAGAGGUUGUGCCACAGAUCCCGGCAACGAAUGAGUAAAGUUUUCUAUGUGUAUAGAGAAUACCAACAACUAAUCACAGUCUAGUUCUAAGUUGAGAUUUGUAUAAGCUUUAAAUACAUAGCAAAUAAUUAUAGAAACCAUUUAUAUCGCAGAAGAAAUAAUUUCCUCUUUCCCCUUUACCACGAAACGAAUUUCUUUUGAUUUUGCUGACAAUCUACAGACUGCCAACAAAAAACAAAAACCUAAAUAAAAUAUAAUACGAGUUUAAGCUACACACAAAGAAACCCCGCGAACAUUUUUUCCACCGUAAAUUUGAGUUGUUUUCUACCCAAAAAUAGUUCGCCAGAAUUUUGUUUCGAAAACUCCAAGCUGGACCAACAACAAAUCAUUUCUCUCAUUUCACAGUUAGUCCCCUUUCCCCCUGCUGGACAUUUCCAUUAUUCAAAUAAUUUACACGAAAACCUACAUAUCAAAGUGUGUAAUAAAAAUAAACGAAUAAAAUAAAACAGAAUUAAACGAUAAUUAUAUUUAAAGUAAAUGAUUUUUUGCAUUCAAAAUUUAAAUGCAAAUAUUUGCUAGUGGGAAAGCAUACACUUAAACGGAAUAAAACGAAUAAAAUAUUGUAUUCAAAAUAUGAAAAAAGAGAGAAAUUUAAAUACUUUAGUCCCGCAGCCUCGGGCACGGGACAUAAAUUAAAUAUUUAGUUGAAAUUUUUAAGCAGUUUGCAGGAGCUCGCAGCUGCAAGCAUGAAUAGCGUAAUAAAUACUAAAUUAGUGUGUAAGUGUGUGUGUGUGGGCGUGGCACUGCCUGCCGCACACACACACAGACUGUAAAUAGAAUUAAAAUAUAUUUAAACAAUAGAAGUCACUCGAUUAGUUUCCUUUCCCCCCCAACAACAAGCAAAUAGAACACAAAUCGCUCUGUCUGUCAGUCUGUCAGUCAGUCAGUCUCUCGUCUCUCUGUACCUUCUAAAGCAAAAACCACAUGAAUGGAAAAACUCUAGCAAAAUGUGCUCCUAGCCUAAGUAAACAAAUUAUACAAUACCGAAAACCGAAUUAUUGCAACACCCAAUAAUUGUGCAUUUUUCUAGACC